AUGCCACACAAAAGAGAAAUAAGAUGGUGCUCUAACUCACCACUUGGGCCAAGUGAGCGAGAAUUUACUGACCGGAAGGUCCGCGGUUCGAAUCCGACCUCCGCCACUCGACUUCCCCUGUCUGGACCUGGGCAACCUGGCAGUAUCCCAGCCCUCGUGCUUCCCUCAGGUGGCAUGUUGAUGGACGAAUCAUCCCUCCAGUCAACUGUCCAGUUGGUCGAUCCAGGAUGUCUGGCAGAGAGGAUCCGUAUGGAUCAAUCAUUUAUCUUAUUGGAUGUGAGGUCCUUCGUAGACUACAACACAAAUCACAUCACCCAAGCUGUAAAUAUUGGGGGCAAUCGAGGUUUUCGGAGAAAAUUUCUCCAGCUGAUGGUAUGUUCUAUGUUUACAAUACUUUAUGCAGUACUCGUAUUUCAGGUCCCUAUAGAUGUCUUUAUUCAGCGUCUUAUGGGCUUACCACAUGAUACUGACGCACUCCACGCCACUCCUGUAGUCGUGUAUGACCAUUGUCUGGAUGACCUCCGGAACCUAAGCCCCGAUUGUUUUUUACACUCCGUCCUUGGACAACUGUCGAAAAAGUUUUGCUCAAUAUUUUUAUUAAAGGGUGGAUUCUUAACUUUCCAUGCACUCUAUCCAGAGUUGUGCUGGGAAAGUCCCAAAAGGCUUGCCGGGGAAGAUGUGGCCGAAUACCAUCAUUCUGACUGCGAUUUGGAGCACAUUUUGGCCAGCUGUGAAGAAACCGUUCCUUCUACUGCUCUUGUGUCCUCUUCAUCGGUUGCUGAGUCCAGUGACAUUUUCAGGAGCUCUGCCAGUUUCACACCCAUGACAGCUACACCCCAACUCACGCAAUCGACUCAUAUGUCCAAAAGUGUGAAGCGAGCGAGCGGUAUUCACAGCGGUUACCAGAAGGAAACUUCCUUCCCCGGUUUAUCCUCAUCUGACAGUCCACGUCCCUCACCCAUCCUACCCCACCUGGUUUUGGGAAGUCAACUGGAUGCGUUAUCCGCAGCUGUCUGUCAUCAAUACGGAAUCACGCAUGUAAUCAAUGUUUCUGUUGACGGAUCUGCGCCUCCGCAUAUUCCGGUCGAAAACUUUUACCGUAUCGCGGUCAACGACAACUACACGGACCGGAUGCGACCAUAUUUCGAGCAAGCUUUCCAAUUCAUAGAUCAGGUGAAGGCUAACAGGGGCCGUGUCCUUGUUCACUGUUCAGCAGGGAUUUCGCGCUCGCCCACUCUGGCCAUAGCAUACCUCAUGUAUACUUGUCGUAUUUCCCUUCGGAAAGCCUACAGCAUCAUCAAGAACGGUCGGGCAACAAUAGCUCCUAAUUUCAAUUUCCUCGGGCAGUUGGUUGAAUUUGAGCGUGAACUUUUCCCUGCCUCCGAACCAUCUUCAGGUGAGCCACAUGCGGUCCUUUCCUCCUUGGAUGUUGAAUCCACUAUCCCAGCCACUUUAGCGUUGGUUGCUGAUAAAAUCGACUCACCAACCGCUUCUACACCAACAACAGCAACUUGCGUGAGGCCAAUCGUGCGACGUCCUUCGUUUGUCGUUGCCUCCCGUUCGUCCUUGUCACCUAAGCACUCAAUGAUGAAGAAACGGGAUCGCCCUACUUAUCUCAGCCUAGAGGCUCCAGGAUGCUCCACCACAUCCCGUACAUACCUUCCGGGUAAUAAUUUGGAUAUUAGUCCCACCGAGGGUAAACGGAGCCGAGUUUCAUGCCUUACCACAUUUUCCAGAGGAUCAGCGAGCCUUCUACCUUCUCCUUGUACUGUUCUGUCGAGACUGGAAUUGUCCUCUCCGUCAGAUGUGUAUUCGCACUCGGUUGUAUCUGCUCAGCAGCUGGCGUUUCCAGCGACCUCAGAUCAUAACUGUAAGCGUAAACCAUAUGAUAUUACUACGGCCUUGUUUAUUCAUCCAUCAACAAGCUUAGACAAACUCUACUUCGAACCGUGUUCCGUGAGUGAUUAUCAUCAUCCUCGUCGCGACAGGUUACUGCGUUCAGUGACAUCACUACCCGUUCCACCUCGACGUCCAACGCUUCUGGCCGAGCGACGUUUAUCGUCCCAAGCCAGUGCCCCGACUACUCCGCAGUCCUCCUCUAUAGAUUGCCCGUUACUACCUAUUCCGAGACCUUUGCACCCUAAAAAUGAAGCAACUGCCUUUUCCCGUCCCACUUCGACAAAUCCCACGAUCCCUUUGCCCGUCAGUUUUGCUCACAAUGAGUCAGCUUCUCUGCUGACGAAACAGAAGGCAAAGGUGGAUUCGUCGUCCUCCACUGAAGCGCCCGGUCGUGUUCUAUCUAGCACAUACUGUGAUAUCAGACCGCCAGGAUUUACUGACACACGUUCGUGUUCAGUAGACAGCUUAUGCAGGACGUCGACCAGGAAGUUGCUUUUUUGCUCGGCGCGCUCAAACUCAGCAAGUGGUCGUGGAUCACGAGUCAGUUUUAGUGCGCCAGCUGGCCCAACCAACACCCCUAUUUCACCCUUUAUGACUCCCAACUUGCGGAACUCCGUUUCUGCGGGCCAGGAUGUGUCCUGGUCUUCUCUGUACCCGGGAGCGACACCCCUACUCACCGUACGUCGUGCUCGUGGCCCCCUUCGCCCAACUGCAUUUGAAUCUUGUCGCCAAGAACAGCAGCAAUUAUUCCACCAAUCAUCGAGUAGCAGUAGUAGUAAUCUUUCCUGCUCAUCGACAGGUCCGAACCCCACGCACAAUGGCAGCCAUUUCAACCCAUACCCCGUUUCAUAAUGCUCAUCAACCCUACGUAUACAGUACUAGCGUUGUUCCAGUCAAUUUCAACAGGAUUUGUGCGUCCUUUUAGUUUACUUUUCCCAUUUGGAAACAGAAUCUCCGUUUUUAUUUGUUUUUUAAACAUUCAUUGGAAAGCGUACUAAUGUUGUGUAUGUCUAUACUCAUUUGUUGCAUGAUCCUGCUUCAUCCCAUUUCAGUUCUCCAACGGUACCAUAAACAUUCAAUAUCAGGGAUAUUUGCUCUAUUUUCCUCCCAAACAGAGCAACCGUAACAAUAUUUUCCCUUCUUAAACCUCUGCCUACUACCACCGUCUUCUCAGCAGUAUGUGCAUUCCAGCAAGCCUGAGUGGUUCAUGACAUCGAAGUCAACGCUCAUGCCUUUCAAAAAGCACCUAUCUGCGAAUUAAAGAAUUUUCGUCGCCGGAAAAACCCACCGCACAUUAUUUGUACUUCUUAACUUGUUUCGUCCCGCUUGUUUCUAGCGUAGCAGUGUUGAAUUUCUCACUGAAGCUCGUAGCUCUUUUCCUCAGUUUUGGCGGUAUUUUGAAGUUCCGGUUCUUUUUAAUGUGUUUUAGCGUGAUCAUGUUCUCGGUCGCCACAGGGGACCAUCAGAAAUC